AUGCAUUCAUCAGGCCGCAGCAUCGGCAACAUCUUGCCCUGUGAGGUUUCUACGGCCAGCUCUCGCUCCUCGCGGAAUCAAAAGGAGCAGGAGAAACUAGAGAUGGCGCAGCAGAUGGCGAAGAGGCGGAUCAUGUUGGGCGUCAGCAAGACGAACGCAUCGGUGACAGUGAGGAACUCAGGGGUCAAAUUCGAACGUCCAGUCAACCGCGCGGGAACUCGGGGAUACCGAGCGCCCGAAGUGCUCAUGGGCAUGCAGUGCCAGACCACAGCAGUGGACGUGUGGGCUGCUGGGGUAGUACUGCUUACCCUGCUGUGCCGCACGACACAGUUCCAAUGGUUCCAGCAUAACGACAUAGUCACGGCAACGAUGGAGAUCUCUUUGUGUACCUUGGAAGUGCGCUUGUCUGACUGUCUGAGCAGCUUGCGCAUGUACAUCAAGAGCAUGGAUGCUGUGUGGAAGCACAACUAUGGGUAUACGGGUCAGUACAGAGAUAAGAUCAGAGAUGUUAUCGAAGAUUUCAAGCUCGACGUUAAGAUUCCACCAUUGGAACUGCAUCUCAGCUAUGCCCGCGGUUUCAAGCAAACAUGGCGGACCUUGUCAAGCUCCCUGGGCGCGCAUGCGGGAUGCAAGGACUGGCUGGAGGUGGAUGAGAAACAUGCGAUCUGGGACUUCCUCAACUGCUGCCUCGACAUCGAUCCCCGCACGAGGAUUACGGCACUGGAGGCUCUGAAGCAUCCCUUCCUCAUUAGUGCUGUCAAGUAA